AUGGGCUUUAAGCAUACGAUGCUGCAGCGCAGCUAUGAGCUGGCCGCCUCGCCCGGCCCCCAACUGGCAGCGGCGCCGGCAGCGCCACAAGUAACGGACUUCAGCAUAAGUCGCAUAUUGGGCAGAGCAGCAGCAGCAGCAUCAACUGCUGCUAGCAAUAUAUUGGAUCUAUCGAAGAGUCGUCAGCAGGCUGUUCAGGCAGCAGCUGCUGCGCCCGUGCAGCUAAGUCCCGCUGCCUACGGCUAUGCGAUGUUGCCGCCGGAUUUGUUGGCCAUGGCCAGUGCGACCAAGUUCUAUGCGCAAUUCUUUCCACACUUGCUGCCCGCCUAUGCCGCGGCAGCAGCUGCCGCCGGUCUGACAACGCCACCCACCUCGCCAUAUCAGCAGCAUCAACAAUCACAACAACAACAACAACAGCAUUCGCAGCAGAAACGUUACUUUGCGCCUUAUGUGAUCAAUGGGCAGAGUCCCACGCGCUCCAAGUCCUCCAGUGCCUGCACGCGUGCCGAUUGCCUGGAGUGUUUGGACUACUAUAAGCAAUUCGGCGCUGGCUAUAAGCCAACGCCUCUAAUAUCGCCGGCGGCUUCCUCGGUGAGCAGCUCCAGCAGUUGCCGACUGCCGUCACGGGAGCUGCUGCUCAGCGCCAGCGCCAGCAGCAACAUUUCCCUGACCAACAUCUCAGUAACGAAUCUGAAUCUGAGCAGCACAGCUGCAGCAACUGCGAUUUCACCUGUGGCAAUGCUGCCCAAGUUGAGCAGCAACAACAGCAACUCUAACAACAGCAACAGCAACAACAACAACAACACCAGCGCCGGCGAGGAGAUCAGCUACAAGUGUCGCAUAUGCGAUAAGGUCUUUGGAUGCUCCGAAACGUUGCAGGCGCACGAGAAGACACACAAAUCGCCGCGCUACGAAUGUUCCGACUGCGGCAAAGGCUUUUCACAGCUGCGCAACUAUAAAUAUCAUUUAUCCGUGCAUCGUGGCACCAAAGAGUUUGCGGCCGAGUGUCCGGAAUGUGGCAAGACUUUCAACGACAAGGGCUACCUCAGCAGCCAUAUGAAAAUCCAUCGAAAUCGCAAGGAAUACGAAUGCCCCUAUUGCCCGAAGUCGUUUAAUCAACGUGUUGCCUUCAACAUGCACGUACGCAUCCAUACGGGCGUCAAGCCGCACAAAUGCGUCGAAUGCGGCAAACGAUUCUCCCGCAAAAUGCUGCUCAAGCAGCACAUGCGCACCCAUAGCGGAGAGAAGCCAUACCAAUGCUCCGUCUGUGGCAAGUCCUUUGCGGAUCGCAGCAAUAUGACACUGCAUCAUCGCCUGCACUCGGGCAUCAAGCCCUUCAGCUGCCCUCUCUGUCCGAAGGCAUUCACUAAGAAACACCAUCUGAAGACGCAUCUCAACUAUCAUACAGGCUGUAAGCCCUACGUCUGUCCACAUCCCAAUUGCAAUCAGGCCUUCACACAGUCCAGCAACAUGCGCACGCAUGCCAAGAAGUGCCAAUACAGACCGUUAGAUGGCGCACAGGCAUUUCCGUUGCCCCCCAAACAGCAGCAGCAGCAGCAGCAGCAGCAGCAACAGCAUCUACAGCAGCAGCACACAUUGACGCUGGCCACAGCUCCCAGUUUUGCGAUGCCACCAGCAACGUUUGCUACUGCCGCAGCCGCAUUUCCGCCGCCGCAGCAAACGCUGCUCAGCAAUCUGCGCACAUUCUAGCCAAGAAGCGGAUGCGAAAAGUCGAAACAGAGAGUGCAAAACUGUG